GGAGUUCAAAUGCCUUUUAUACAACCUUCUUGAGAAUUGUCUCUUUCUUGCCGCUUCAAAAAAAAGUUGGUUCUUUUGCAUCAUGUCAUUUGCUGGUAGACGCAGAGGAAACAAGGUAAAGAAAGGUGUUCAGUUCACAGUUAUGGUCGUCGGGGCAUCAGGGACUGGCAGGACGACCUUUGUGAACACACUAUGUGAAUCUGAGGUGUUAACCCACAAGAUAACUGAUAAUCCUGAGGCGGCGCACAUCGAGGAAGGUAUCAGAAUCAAACCUGUCAACGUCGAACUAGAAGAGGAUGGUGUUCGAAUCGCUCUCACCAUAGUUGAUACACCCGGUUUCGGUGACAAUAUUGACAAUGAAUUUGCUUUCCAGGAAAUUGUUGGCUACCUUGAACGUCAAUACGACGAUAUCUUGGCGGAAGAGUCUCGCAUCAAGCGUAAUCCUCGAUUCCGAGAUAAUCGGGUACAUGCUCUGCUUUACUUCAUCCCGCCUACCGGUCAUUCACUGAGGGAGAUGGAUAUCGAGCUUAUGCGACGUUUGUCACCUCGUGUCAAUGUUAUACCAGUGAUAGGAAAAGCAGAUUCUUUGACUCCUACUGAGCUACGAGGGUUCAAAAAACGGAUCAUGGAAGAUAUCGAGCACUACGAUAUCCCUGUUUAUAAUUUUCCCUAUGACGUAGAAGAAGAUGAUGAGGAGACCAUUCAGGAUAACAGCGAGCUCAGAGCUCUCCUUCCAUUCGCCAUAAUUGGCUCCGAGGAUGAAAUUGUGAUAGAAGGCCAGCCUGUCCGCGCCAGAAUUUAUCCUUGGGGUAUCGCCGAAGUCGAUAACCCCAAGCAUUCCGAUUUCAGUAGGCUUCGAAGCGCUCUGUUAAAUUCGCAUCUUGCUGACCUAAAAUCAUUGACUCACGAUGUUCUUUACGAAACUUAUCGCACGGAGAAACUUUCUAGGACUGUUCACUCAGACACACAUGAUUCGUCUAUCCUUCCUGAGGAACUUGCCACUCAGAGUGUGCGCCUCAAAGAAGAACAGCUCCGCAGAGAGGAAGAGAAGGUAAUGCGCGAAAUUGAAUUGAAAGUUCAACGCGAGAUUAAUGAGAAGCGUCAAGAGCUCUUAGCCAAAGAAGAGUCACUGAGGAAUUUGGAAAGUCGACUAGCUGCUCACGGGUCACAGACUGAAAUCAGGGACUAGUUCUAUCACGCUAUGUUUUGAUUGUUCUCAAGAUCGUAAAUCAUGCUUUACUACUGUAGUUAACAAUGACACCUUGAAAAUUGUUGGAUUGGCAACAGAAUCACUUGGAAAAUAUGUCAAGUUGCAUAAUGGUGAAGAUAAGGUACUAUCGUUGGACAGAUGUUGCAACCAUUUUUGCGAGUGAAAUUACUCGCACACCACAAUGACCAAUAUUUUACCGUCCAAAAUGGUCACCAAAAUGUGCUUACAAAAU